UAAACCUUCUUCAAGGAGACAAAUCAAUGAUAAUAGUUGCGAACUUUGUGGUUUGUUGACGCUUGUGUUUACAAAAUAACGGCAAGAUUACUUUGAUGGUUCAGAUUGAAGUGUAGUUUUUUAUUGAAUCUUUAAUUUUAGCUAAAUGACUAUAAUGAAAAGUGAAGAGAAGGUUGGCAUGUUAGAAGACGAAGCUUUUAAAAGGAAAGAACGUUUAAAAGCCUUGAAACGCAAACAUGAUAAUGUCCCUCAGAAAGAAGAUUUAGAUAAUGUGAACAAAUCGGAUCUAACGCUUCCAAGGCCCAAGUUCCGCAGCUACCGGCCGGCGGACGAGGCGCUGCAAGGGGACGUGGUGGAGGACGCCGAGCCGGGGGACGUGGCCGGCGAGGUGAAGGCCCAGCUGGAGGCGGCUCACUCCCGGGUCGUCAUCGAGCAGCUGGACAUCAGCAACCUGGCGCCGCGCAAGCUGGACUGGGACCUGAAGCGGGACGUGGCGCGCAAGCUGGAGCGCCUGGAGCGCCGCACGCAGAGGGCCAUCGCGGAGCUGAUCCGGGAGCGGCUGCGCAGCGGCCAGGAGGACCUGGGCACGGCCGUGAGCGCGGGCGCCAGCGCCGCCCGGGAGCUGGAUGUGGACGAGGACUGAGCCGUCCUCUCUCGCUUCAUGUGUCUGACUCAGGGGCAUAGCCAAGGGUUCAAACUCCCCCUCUUAGCAACAAAUCUUUAAUUAAUUUCUUUUUCAUCACUCAAACGAAUUUCAUAUUAAAAUUAAUAAAAAAAAUUUUACCAUUACAAUAUUUAAAUUUAAGUACUAAAAACUGCUAAAAUAGCACUAUUUUAUACCUUAAAAUCUAAAAAAUUUCUCGGGGGAGGACCCCCCGACACCCCCCCGCUUUAAUACGGGAAGGGGGGGGCAUGCUUCUUAACACCCCCUCCCCCAUACACAAAUCCUGGCUACGCCACUGGUCUGGCUUAACAGCACGAGUACACCACAUGACUGCAAAGUUUUCAUGGGUCUGCUGUUGUAAUUUAUAGAUACAGUAAGUCCUCUAUUUACGUCGUACCGAUUUACGUCGUUUCGGAUUAACGUCGCUAAUGUUUGAGUACUCAUGUUUCAAUUUAAGUUGUCGCCGAUUCACAAUAACGUCGUUUACAAUGACCGUAAAUCUUUAUUUUAACCAAAACACCGUAUAUAAUUCGUUUAUAAUUCUUUGUUUCCUUCGGUAGUUAAUUUAUGCUAUGUAGCGUAAGCUACACGUUCACCGCCUUAUCUUAUCAUACAUCAUGAGGGACGCUUCCUGCUCUCCGCGCGGUGAUGCAAUACUACCAGCCCGCCCGCUCGGCCACCCACGUAUCUCGCACGUAGAAGUGUUAUCUACUUCCCGCAACGACACAGCAUUUUCUCCUACCCCUUUUCGUCCAACUCCUUGGCACUUCAGUAGAGGUGUAAAAGUAACUAAAAAAAGUGUACCCGUAUGUAUUCGUUACUAUAACAAUUAGUACUCGUUACUAUCGUAUCGUUACUCGUUACUUCUGAUACCGCAUAACAUGCUAUGUUAUGUAACAGCAACGAAUCGAGUCGUAUUUCGUACGCGUAUAGUAUGACGUCGCGUAAAUAAUAAUAAACCGAAUAUAAACAAUGAAAAGUAUUUGAUAAUUAACAGCUUUUGUUAACCAAGAAACAAUAAAAUCUCAUUAGAGCAGCUUUAUUAUAUCUCUUUUAAGAUAAGAACAAUAAACGUGAAAAUACGCGAUAAUAAAAAACAAAAA